AUGAGAUUUUCCCAUUUCCUGAAAUACAAUGCUGUUCCGGAAUGGCAAAAUCAGUACAUGGACUACAAUGCUCUGAAAAAUCUGAUUUACACUCUGCAGACUGAUGAGCUUCACGAGGAUGAGCAGCCCGUGGGAAGUUCACUCGAGCAAGCAAAACCGUCGUGGAAGAAUAAAUUCUCCUUCAGGGGUAAGAAAAACGGGUCCGCAAGCUCUGUACCCAACGCCAAUAAGCAGUUUGACUCGUCAAACCGCGAGGAUACAGUUUUGGAACAAACUUUCGAGUUGAAAGAUUUUGAAGAGAUAGACCCGGAGUCACUUGCUGGGCCAGACAAAGGUAAACUCUACCCUCGAAAAAUGAAUGCCUUCCAAAAAGUGAAGGGUAAGUUUUUUGAUUCGUCAAGGCGAAGAUCGUCAUCUGGUUCCAACUUCUCCAAGAAAACCAUGGUCGAUAUCCAGGAAACGUUCGUUGAUGAUUUGGUAAUUGAAAGAUUCAAAGUCGACGAUUUUUACAAGAGAACAGAGGCGAAGUUCUACCUUAAAUUCGAGAAACUGGUUCAAGAUUUGAUGAAGGAGGGGUUAAUUGCACCCUCCAACGACUUCGCCGCCGCCGCAUCCACAUCGUACAGUUCCCCAGAAAAUGUCGAAAACAAUCUAGUGGUAGAGGAGACAUUUGAGGACGACGACGAUGAUGUGAUGGAGAAUGAUGAAUUUGCUGAUACGCCAGAAAAUACAGCGUUACUGCAUCAUUCUGAGUUCACUGUCAAAUCGCAAACGAGAUCUUUCUUGAAACAAAACAUCAUCAACUUGUACAUCGAUUUGUCGCAACUGAAGGCCUUCAUCGAACUUAAUAAAAUGGGGUUCAGUAAGAUCACAAAGAAGGCCGAUAAAGUGCUGCAUUUGAACAUUAAGGCCGAGUUGAUCCAAACAGGGGAGUUUUACAAGGAAACUUACAUUUUCCAAAAGGACACAUCUGUGAACUUGAGUGCUAAACUUACGCAACUGGUUCAGUUUUUCGCCAUUAUCACCAAUAGGUCCGAAGACGUGGCUCUGGCAAAGCAAGAUCUGAAGUCAAGUCUGCAUGAUCACAUUGUCUGGGAGAGGAGCAAUAUCUGGAAGGAUAUGCAAGGUCUUCUAAGUCAAGACAACCAGCUCGUUACGGACUUGAAUGUCAACGAUCCAAAUAUCAGUCUCGAGGGUAAACUACAACUGGAGUACUUCAAAUAUCCUUUGCCAAAGGAAAUUAAUCUAAAAUGGACCACAAUCAGUAGCAUUUGGAUCCCUAAAUUGUUCUUUACCUGGAAGGCUUUCAAAAUUGCAUUUAUCAUUAUGGCAACCGGUAUUCUCUUAGGUGUCAAAACAUUCAAUGACCCAGCACAACACAGAUGUAUGGCUUUGGUGGAGUGUGUCGCUUUUUUAUGGGCCAGUGAAGCCCUGCCUCUUCAUAUCACUGCAUUUUUGGUUCCGCUACUUGUAGUAUUAUUCAAAGUUUUGAAGGAUGAUAAAACGGGUGUUGUCUUACACGCUGCUGCUGCCUCUUCCAAAAUCCUGUCUACCAUGUGGUCAUCUACAAUUAUCAUCCUCUUGGCUGGUUUCACACUUGGUGAAGUAUUGGCACAAUAUAAUAUCGCAAAAGUGGUGGCCUCGUGGAUUCUAGCAGCUGCCGGUACCAGGCCACGGAACGUCCUCUUGGUGGCCAUGUCAGUUGUCUUUUUCCUUUCAAUGUGGAUUUCGAACGUUGCAGCCCCCGUGUUGACGUAUUCCUUGUUAAGCCCUGUAUUGGACACACUAGAGGCAGACCAACCGUUUGGUAAAGCCCUCGUUUUAGGUGUUGCUAUCGCAGCCAAUAUCGGCGGUAUGUCCUCUCCAAUCUCUUCCCCACAGAACAUUAUCUCUAUGGCCUACCUAAAACCUUUUGAUAUCGGGUGGGGCCAAUUCUUUGCUAUCGCCCUUCCAACCGGUAUCAUCGCUAUGUUAUGUUGCUGGGUUCUAUUGUUUAUGACUUUCAAGAUCAACACUACGAAGUUGGAAAAGUUCGUCCCCAUCAGGACAAAAUUCACUCUGAAGCAAUGGUUUAUUAUCGGUGUUACCAUUGCAACAAUUAUCCUAUGGUGUGUGGAGUCUCAAAUCGAGAGCGCGUUUGGGUCUUCUGGUAUUAUUGCAGUGCUUCCAAUCUGUAUAUUUUUUGGUACAGGAUUGCUAUCAACCCACGAUUUUAAUACGUUUCCGUGGUCAAUCGUUCUAUUGGCUAUGGGUGGUACUGCGUUGGGUUCAGCUGUUGCCUCCUCGGGUCUGCUAUCCACAAUUGCUAGGGCUUUACAGAAGAGGAUUUUGCAUGAUACCGCAUUGGCUGUUCUUUGUAUAUUCGGGGCUUUGAUGUUAGUUGUCGGUACCUUUGUUUCACACACUGUUUCGGCCAUUAUUAUCAUCCCAUUGGUCAAAGAGAUUGGUGACAAACUCACAGACCCAAAGGCAGCACCAUUGUUGGUUUUUGGCUGUGCAUUAUUGGCUUCCGCUGGUAUGGGUCUGGCAUCGUCCGGUUUCCCUAAUGUCACUGCCAUUUCAAUGCUUGACAAAAAAGGGAACAGAUAUUUGAGCAUGGGCACUUUCAUUUCAAGAGGGGUUCCAUGUUCUAUCAUAGUGUUUGUUUGUGUUAUCACAAUCGGAUACGGUAUUACGAUAUCUGUUGUCAAACCAGUUAGUUGA